AUGCAGUUAUUAAGCGAAUGGAGGAGGGCAUCAAGUCGGAAGCGCGCUGCGGAGGAAAGCAGUGAAGAGAGCUCGAGAAAGCGCACGAGAGAUGAUAAUGGAAGGCGUGGCUCAACUGGAAUUGGGACUGGAAAUAUACUCGACCAAGAGUACAAAAUUCGUGGAAAUUCCACCGCUAUGAAAGAUGGGUUUCAUCAUCCAUCAUCGCCAUUGAAAAAAGAAUCGGCUUCGUCUCCCGUGGCUACGGAACCACUGCCGUCACCGCCAAUACAUCCGGACCGGCGAGCCAACUUCUUCAAUGCUGCUCCUGCUCCUGCUCUUGCUCCUGCGCCUGCUUCCGCUUUUGCUCCCGGUCCUCUCGGAGACAAGGCGGACUUUCCUCCGAGUCCGUUGUCACGAAGCCCAGAGCACAUCAACAACACUGAAACUGAGGAGCAAAGAACUACAUUUCUUCCUUCACCGUCACACCCAAACCUCCGCAUAGACACCAUUCGCACUUUGAGCAGCUUCGAUCCACGAGGUCCGGAUUACAGUCCCGCCAUGACUUCACAUUCCAAUGAAAAGUCACGACCAAGCCAUGAUCCACGGAAACCAUUAAACGAUAGCUACCCUUAUAAUGCCAACCCGCCACCACGCCGAAAAUCCGACAUCAUGCCUCCCCCCACCAAUGCCACCAAGAUUACUCGGUCGGAGGCCUCCACUCCAAAACUUACCUCUUCGCCUACUAACAGUGACCUUGAACGCCGGCAAUUCUUGACUACCCAGCCCCAAAUACCUCUACUCGACAGCCUCAAUGGCUUUGCUCAAAAUAUCAUGUCAGCUGCUAGCUUGACCGUGAGACGCGACCUUAUCAAGCAGCAGGCUGUCGGACAGCAAAAGGAGCGUGACCGACAGGCCAAAUUCAAAUCUACUUUUCUUACACUAAUUGAAGAUGCCGAAGCAAGAGUCGAAGGUGUCGAGAAAGUUGCCGUGGGGAUCGAAAAGCAGAUAGAUCUGAGCUCGGAGGCCCAAACCAAAAUCGUCAUUGCCUUAGCCUCCCAGCUACAAGAAGCUGAAAUCUCCGACGCUCCGUCCAGCGCCCGUGAUCAAGGCCUUCUCAAGGAUGCUAUUGCUGAUAUGAAAGCGGACCUCAAGGCUGCUAAAAAGGAGAUGGAGAACACCAGUGAUCGCAGCCGCUUCAAGGAACAUCUUGCUGAUAUAAAGGCCGAUCUCAAGGCUGCUGGAAAGGAUAUAGACUACCUGAACCGCGAAGCUGUAAUGCCCGACAAAUUGCAUAAGAAGCUCCGUGGUCUGGCGACCAAAGAUGAGCUUCAGGGACUGGUUACUAAAGAUGAGCUUCGUCGUGUCACUACAGAUGAGGUUCGCAAGCAUGUUACCGAGGCACUGGUACCAACGGAGAAGAAACUCGCUUCGCUGAUCGUAGAGAACGCAAAUCUAAAUCAGAAAACAAAAGGCGUUGAAGUUGCCAUACACAAGCAUCACGAGACAGCGGAAGAAAGGGAUCAGCAACAAUCUUCUCGGUUCGGCCGUUUAGAUACCUCUUUGAACGACAUGCAGAUGGAGCUAAGCCGCUUAGAGCUGAUACUCCAAGAACAAAGACAAGAUUAUGCUACUGUCAAGGUCGAUCUAGGAGCCCAAGACAAAGCGCUGACCGACCUCGACACUUACGUGAGGCGCGAUCCGAGCGAUGACGAUCCCAGCUUGGAAACACUAGUCCUGAGAAAUUCAGAUCAGAUUCAGCUGUUACAACAAGACUGCGAGAAGCUCGAUAAUGUGGUACGGCAAACUCAGGACCUCCAAGCUGCUUCAAUAAUCGAAUCCUCGCCUCAGGUCUCUAAUGCAUCUGCCAAGGUCGAUACGAGCAUUGAAGAAGAGGUGAAGUUGAUUCGGCAUGGCCUGGAUGCUCUGGAAGCCGACCGAGAGAAGGUCGCACUGAUUCGGACCGACUUGGAUUCUUUAAUCAAUGAAGAAAAGCUCAAGGAUGUGGGCGUAGCUGAAGGGUUCGAAGUGAUGGAAAUGAGUCUGAACAAACAACGUGAAGACUUAGCCCGUCUUCAAAACGAGUUCAGAGUAGUCAAGCAAUCGCAGGCUUCUCAAACGGUUCCGAACCAUCCUCCAACACCACCAUUCGCUAGUGCUUCCACGAGUCCUCGUGAACCAGAUCACCAGAAGCUGCAAGACGUGGAGAUCUGGCUCACAAAGCUGACGAAAACCACCCAAGGUCUCGAGUUGUUCGUCAAUUCUCAACAACAGAAGUUUGAUGGACUAACCUCAGACCGCGUCGUGCAGAGCAUGGUCCAUCAAAUGCAGCAGAUGUACCCGCAUCACCCAGGCAAUCUUCUUGCUCUACUCAAUCAGACUGUAGCGAGGCAAACUAGGGUGGACAGCUAUCUCAGUGGAAAUCUCAAAGAUCGUCUAGCCAACAUCGAAUCUCAAAUGGCUGCCCGAGUGGACACAGACUCUAAAAUCGAAGAGAUCACUCAGUUCACGACCGAGAGCCGAAAAAUCCUCUUAGCCACCAUCCACAGUCUAAAACAGGACAUCGAGGGACUGAAAGAAGUAGCAAUCAACAACCGUCCGCAAGAGACUUCUGACCAUGGCAACCGAAUCGAUGAACUGGCAGAUAGAGUGACGGCCGUCGAAGCGAAAUAUGUCAAAGCAAUCGGCGAUUUUCAGGCAAAUCAAACGGAUCUGAUCCGUAAUGUCACUCACCUACAGUUUCGAAAUGCGACCGGCUCUGCCAGAAAUACGCCCGGAGAGCUUACUGUUGUGUCGAGAAGCUCGAAGAGCGUUGAGCCUAAUGGAAAUACCCUCUCCUUUGAGAAUGUUGACCAUUCCAACAGCUCCGACACAUCUUCCAGUCAGCGUUCGAGUCGUGGAGUACGACGAGACAGAGAAGAGCGCCGUCCUUCUGACCCCAACCUCAAGAGGAAAGCGGUCGAUUCAGAUGACGAAGAUGAGGGCGAGGAUGCUAGGCCUACGAAUGCAAAGAAGGUUCCCAGGAGAAGAAAUGUGUCAGGCAAAAAUCCUUUUUCGUAA